AUGCACAGCCCCUCUUCCUGUGCUUUGCUGCGGGUUGAUUCAGUUUGAUGGACACACACGGAGAUGCUCUGCUCUUAACUUAUAAACAGAAUCCCGUGUGCUGUCAUGGACAGUGUGGAGAUGGAAUCUGUCCAGAUUAAAGAGGAGUUCCCUGAACUUGAACCUCUCCCCUUUACAAUGGAGUUCUUUGGGCUGGCUUCCCUCCCCAUGAAACAGGAGCUCUGUGAGAUGCAGUGUGACAGCAGCCAGCCAGAGGUCUCUGAGAUUAAAGCUGAGCACAAUGAAUUGGAGAUCCCCCAGACAGAAGAACCCCUUCCUGUUAAACAAGAAGAGGUGCUGGAAAUGGUCCGUAUUAAACGGGAGCCCCCUGCAGUAGAGUUUGAGCACAUGGAACCAGGGAAGGAAGAAUCUGAGGACUUCAAACCAAACAUCCCUGAGCUGGAGCCUGUACGCCUGCGGGAGUGUAGUGUGGUGCUGGAGAGAAUCUGCGUGAGAGAGCAAGGCGAUGGAGAGGAAGGCUCUCUCAACAGCAUGCAAGGAGUUGGACAGGGAGACAGGCGCUUCACUUUCACAUUCAGUCUAGCAGGUUCCAGUCCAGCAGCUAAAGUGAGGGCAGGCGGUGGAGAAUAUCCUGACUGUGGGAAAGGUUUCACGCUGUUCGUGCAUUUAAACAAAACCCAGCGGACUUACACAGGAAAGAAACCGUAUCACUGCUCUGACUUUGGGAAGAGUUUCAGUCAGUCAGGAUACCUUGUUUCACACCAGCAAACUCAUACAAGAGAGAAACCGUAUCGCUGCUCUGACUUUGGGAAGAGUUUCAGUCAGUCAGGAUACCUUGUUUCACACCAGCAAACUCAUACAAGAGAGAAACCGUAUCGCUGCUCUGACUGUGGGAAGAGUUUCAGUGUGAAACAAGGCCUUCAAAACCACCAGCGAACUCACACAGGAGAGAAACUGUAUCACUGUUCUGACUGUGGGAAGAGUUUCGGUCACUCAGGAACCCUGAAAGCACACCAGCGAACUCACACAGGAGAGAAACCGUAUCGCUGCUCUGACUGUGGGAAGAGUUUCAGUGUGAAACAAGGCCUUCAAAACCACCAGUGGACUCACACAGGAGAGAAACCGUAUCGCUGCUCUGACUGUGGGAAGAGUUUCACUGUGAAACAAAGCCUUCAAUACCACCAGUGGACUCACACAGGAGAGAAGCCAUAUUGCUGCUCUGACUGUGGGAAGAGUUUCAGACGGGCAGACAGGCUUGUUUCACACCAGCAAACUCACACAGGAGAGAAACCGUAUCACUGCUCUGACUGUGGGAAGAGUUUCAGUGUGAAACGAGGCCUUCAAAACCACCAGUGGACUCACACAGGAGAGAAACCGUAUCGCUGCUCUGACUGUGGGAAGAGUUUCAGUGUGAAACAAGGCCUUCAAAACCACCAGCGAACUCACACAGGAGAGAAACCGUAUCACUGCUUUGACUGUGGGAAGAGUUUCAGUCGGGCAGGCAGCCUUGUUUCACACCAGCGAACUCACACAGGAGAGAAACCGUAUUGCUGCUCUGACUGUGGGAAGAGUUUCAGUCGGUCAGGCAGCCUUGUUUCACACCAGCGAACUCACACAGGAGAGAAACCGUAUCACUGUUCUGACUGUGGGAAGAGUUUCAGUCGGUCAGGCAGCCUUGUUUCACACCAGCGAACUCACACAGGAGAGAAACCGUAUCACUGCUCUGACUGUGGGAAGAAUUUCAGUGUGAAACAAGUCCUUCAAAAACACCAGCGAAUUCACAGAAGAGAGAAACUUUAAAAACCAUGUUCAAUGGGACUUUUCACUCAUGAGGGGAAAAUAUUAUUAACCUUGCAUUACGAAUCCCUGUGUAAUAACUGUUUUGUAUAUCACUCUUGAGCAUGCAUUUAAAACUCUCUUGCACUCUGUGUCAGAUAGUGGGUGAUGAUGCGGACACGUCACAAGAGGCUUCUCUGCUGUCAGUUUAACUCAGGCUGUCAAUGCAGUCAGUGCCUGGGAGUGGGAAUAUGCAGAAAGGAAACUAUUCCACACCUCAUCUGAUGGACGAGUCAGGAGAAAUUGAUAACUCAGUGUGGGGAAUGAGUUUCAGGAUUUAACAUUUUGAACUUACUCUAUUUAUUUAUUUUCAAGUUAAUUAUCAUGCUUUUUAUUUUUUUUUAAUGAUCUAAUGUACAAUAAAUGAUACAUUGUUGUUUGUCAUGAUUUGUGUUGUGUGAUGCUGUACAGAAUUCCUGUUUUCCAAGGUGCUGGUUCAUCUUCCCCUCUGGUAACAGCUCGUGCACAGCUCCUGGGUAUUGCAAAACGUCAGCAAGUUUAGAGCUAGAAUUCAGUACUUUUAACCAUUCCACGUAAAGAAGAUGGAAACCAGUUUCCCCCCUCUACAAAUUUAUAUAAUUAAGAGUGAAAUUAAACUUUUUAAUAUCGCAGUACUGAACUAUUUAUUCUCAUUUCCCACUUGCUGCGCUGCUCUGCAGGGACAGGUGUCCAUGCUCGCACAGCUGCUUUGCUGCGGAAUGCAAACGUGUCAUGUGACAGAGUUGCAUUCCACAGCCAGUGCAGAGCUUCCCUUUAAGAGUUCAUUUUAAAAGAAUAAUAUGUAUCAGAAAUUAAUGCACGAUGAUACCAAAGAAAAAAAAUGUAAUUGUGAAAGACUGGAUCCUAUUAUAAUACAAAGCGCAGCACAAUCUGAGUUCCAUUUAGUUUAGAUUCAAGUUUAGUUGUUUGUGACGCACGGGUGUGGCCGGCCCUUUGUUUGUGAAAUGAACGCGGCAUGGCGGCAUCAACAAGGGUCCUACUGAAAAGAAGAUCAGGAUGACUGGGGUGAGUGCCUGCAAUUACUCUCACUGACACUAGAGGCCACUACAAUAAUGUCUAUGCUUUAUUUACUGUGCUUUGAUAGACACCUCUUUAAACACAUCUGUAAUUGUGAAAUAUGCAGUUGAAUACACAUUUUCAGGAGAAAUACUGUUAUUAAUACAGUCUGCUGUGGGAAAAUGGCAAAAGACACAAACGACUUUUUCUGCCAGUUCUUACUGGCAUGAUGGGUAUUGAUAUAUUUGAGUAAUGUAGCAAACAUUGUGUAGUUACACAAAUCACUGCUUUCUAGCUAUUAUUACAAGUUUUUUAUUAUUGAAGAUGGCCAAGAAACCCUGUCUAGUUACUCGCAUCCCUGCUUCAUCUUCCCACUAAUAAUAGCUAGAAAGCAGUGAUGUAACGUUUAAAGUUUCUUU